AUGGCCUAUGAUGACUUUGGAGAUUACAUGAAGGAAAAGCAUCGAAAGUUGCAAGAACAAAGUGCUCACAUUGCUCAAACCCAGAAGCAAUCCAACAUCUUUGCAGGAAUCAUUGUUUACUUUGACGGCCAUGUCGGUGAUAUGACAAUGACGGACUUGAAAGAGCUCUUUCUUCUACACGGAGGACUAGUACACGAUAAAUUGACACCUCAAGUCACCCAUAUAAUCGCGACAACCAUGACGGAUACGAAGAUGAAGCAACACAGACGGCCUGUCGUCACACCGUCUUGGAUUUUGGAGUCUAUUGAAGCGCAAAAGCUGCUUUCAUAUCUCAAUUAUCGAUUGUAUUCUCUCCUAGCACCAUCACAGAGCACGUUGUUUACUACUGGUAGUACAACAACUACUACCAAAAGUAGGAGUCAUAUGUUUCUCUCGUCAUCUUCGUCGUCGUCGGUACCAAACACGUCGAAAGCAACGUCGAGUGAAACACAGCAUAGUGCAAAAGCAACGGCAUCGCGGGACAAUGACGGUUUCCUGAGACCACUUCCAAAGACUCCUACAAAAGUCGUCAAUAAUCUAUCAGAUAGCUUGGUAAAGACACCCACGAAAGCUAGCACGAAUGCAGAUAUUGAAGACGACGACUCGGAGGAAUCUGAUGAGGGAGAUGAUAGUUGGUUUGGUCCGAAGCCGGAUGUGGAUAUGAAUAGUGAUUGGGUCAAGGCUAACGUUUGUACCGCUCCUGGCUUCUUGGACAGAUACUUUGCAACUUCUCGUCUCCACUUCCUGAGCACAUGGAAGCAGGACUUAAUAGACUUUGUCAUUGCCGAGAAAGCAAACAUGGAAGUCUUGCCGCCCGACUCUCCAUUCUAUCCGAGACCAGCCAAACCAACUGCUAAACAGCCCAAGCUGAGAACUAUAGCUCAUAUUGAUAUGGAUUGUUUCUUUGCCAGUGUGCAUAUACGAGAUCAUCCAGAAUUGGCAAACAAGCCGGUAGCUGUCGCGCAUUCGAGUGGUCUCGGUGGGAAGAGUACAUCAGAGUUGGCGAGUUGUAAUUAUGUUGCCAGGUCGCACGGUAUAGCCAACGGAAGUAGUGUAGGAAAAGCUCGACAAUUGUGUCCAGACCUACAAGUAGUUCCUUACGAAUUCGACAAGUAUGACGAAGUUUCAAGGAAACUGUAUCGUACACUUCUGGCCGUCGCUGAUGAAGUGCAGGCUGUAUCUUGUGAUGAAGCUUAUAUAGAUGUCUCGUCAAGAAUAACGGGCAGAGGACAAGGUCAAGAACUGGCUUUGGCUAACUUGAUUCGUGCCGAAAUUCGUAAAGAGACUGGAUGCCCAGCAUCUGUUGGUAUUUCAGAAUCGCUGGUCGCUGCUCGAAUGGCUACAAAGAAGGCUAAACCGGAUGGUGCAUUUUGGGUUGGUGGUAUCGAGACUCCACGAUUCAUGGAAUCUGUCAAAGUUGAUGAUUUACCUGGUGUUGGAUGGGGGACUAAAAGAAAAUUGGCAGAUAUCAAAGUCACCACAUGUAAAGAAUUGAGCAGUCUUGGUCUUGGAGCUAUCCAGAACCAAGUCGGUGACAAGACUGGGCAGACCCUGUUUAAUUUCGCGAAAGGAAUUGAUACAAGGGUCUUGGUGAAUAAGCCUCGACAAAGUAUUGGGGCUGAGAUUAAUUGGGGUGUGAGGUUCCAAAAUGAUGAGCAAGUUGAGACCUUCUUCGAUCAAUUGGCUGAGGAAAUUCACAAGAGAAUGACCCGAUGUCGUGUUAAAGGCAGACACAUCCAUGUCACUCUCAAGAAGAGAUUGUAUGAAGGCGAACCUCCGAAGAUCUUAGGAUGUGGUCACUGCGAAAAUCUCUCAAAGUCGAAAGACUUGUCAUUCAACAUAUUCACCAAAGCCCAAAUAUUUCGUGAAGGUUGGGAAUUAAUCAAAUCUAUCCGCUCCUCGUCACAAGUAGCAGCUGAUGAAAUACGAGGAGUCGGAAUUCAUAUUACAAAACUCGAUAAUGAUCAACGACGAGAAGAUGGGCAGCAGAGGCUGCAAUUUCUUGCUAAACCUUACGGUAGCAGGACAACUAGUCUUGCGUCGUCGUCUAGUAAACCGGUCUUGGACAAGGUCGAUAAUGUUGGUGCUGGAAAGAAUGAAGUAGGUGCUCCUUUGCCGACUUUUGAGGAGAUUGAUAUGGAAAGUCUUUCAGAACUACCACCCGAGAUACGGCAAGAGUAUUUUGAAUAUUACGAGGGGCAGAAGCGGUCUCGUGAAGUUGCAUUUGCUCUUGAACUAGAGCAGCAACACGAGCAACAAGAGCAACAUGCCAGUAAGCGAGCUCGAACUAUAUCUCCGAAGAAGGAGUUGACUAUGAGUCAACUAAUCCCGCAAGAUCUAUCUGCUAUACCUCCCGAAGUCUAUAAUCAGCUACCUCUUGAUAUAAGGAGGGAACUUGACACACAGAAAAAGAAUGCCGAGAAACUUCGUAACAAAGCCACUGUCACUGCUACGACAACAGUUACGAGCAAGAAGAGUGGUGGUCUUAUCAAGAAGGUCAUGAAUAAAAAGAUUCAAAAGCGACAACCGGAUAUCAAACAGUCCUUCAGGAGGCAGAAUGGAAUUGUAGAUGAGCCUCUCCAUAUAAUACCCAAAGCACCACCACGCCAAAUACCCAUAAUAGAACCACCGGUAAUCAAACUACCAAUACCAUUCAUGGGACAUACCUCUAUACCCGACAUUCGAGACACGUUGGGAGAAUGGAUAUCGUCUACUGCUGAUGAAGCACCCGAUGAAGACGACGUAUCAUCAGUUGUUGAAUACUUGGUGGAGAAAGUGCAUGCACGAGAAUGUGCGGAUGUGCUUGUGUUGAUGAGGUAUUUGUCGAGAACAGCUGCUGAUUGUCAUGAUGGGUGGAAGCAGGCAGUGGAACGUAUGUGGCUGGAAUGUAAUGAGGCCGCUGUGUCUAUAUAUGGGUGUCCUUUGAAGAGGGACUGA